GCCUCUCAACUUAAUGACAUAGGAUCACAGCGGGCGCGCGGAUCACGUCUCCGGAGCGUCGCUCUGGCAGGUGAUGGAAUAGAUGAUGUCGGAAGUUCAGGGCACUGUGGAGUUUUCACUGGAGCUGCACAAGUUUCACAAUGUGGAUCUCUUCCAGAGAGGCUUCUAUCAGGUGAGGGCUGGCCUGCGUGUUUCUCCUCGGGUUCCUCACAGAAUCACUGCUACAACACCUGGAUACACAGGCGAGUGCAGUUUCAGCAGCGCAGGCGUUCAUGAUGGAGGGGUUUUCAGCCGCAUCUUUCAGAUCCUCUACAGGAAUGAAGAGGUGACGCUGGAAGACCACAUUAACUUCAGACUGCACCUGCUGCUGGAUGGAGAGAGGGUGGAGGAAGCUGUGAGUGAAGUAGACGUUCAGCUCAAACUAGAUCUGCACUUCACUGACAAUGAACAGCAGCUGGCUGACAUCUCUUCAGUGCCUGUGAUCAGCAGUAGGACUCUGGGUUUGCAUUUCCAUCCCCAGCAGGGCCUGCAUCACCACCUGCCCGUCAUGUUUGACUACUUCCACCUGUCCGUCAUCUCUGUCUCCAUCCACGCCUCCCUGGUGGCUCUGCACCAACCACUGAUCAGUUUUGCGCGCAGUGGUAAAGGGGCGUGGCUUGGUAAGGGAUCUCCAGAGAGCGAGGCUCCGCCCUCUGCCAUGUCAGUAGAGAAUCUGAUGUUUGGAGCCGGAUACUGCAAACCUGUCCCCACAGAGGGCAGUUUUUACGUGCCAUCGGAGAACUGUCUGCAGAGAGCGUACACGUGGCACCGGCGCAUCUGUAAACUGUUGCUGGCGGCUCACAGGGCUCUGCGCUCAUAUUACACCACACUAAUGAAGGAGAUCCCUCAACUGCAACACAUACAGACAGAGGAUCUUCCCCUUGAAGAAACAUUAAACCAGCUCACCACUGAACUGCAGCUGCAGAGCGGUCAUGAGAAAGUGGCAGAACAGAUCAGUAAAGAUCUGACACAGCUCUGCGCUCAGCUGUCUGCUCUUUGGACACAGUUUUUGGAAUCCGCGGUUCCCAAUCCAUACAUCCGAUCCUACCUGGCCCAGGAGCACCACACACUCCGGGUCAGGAGAUUUUCUGAAGCAUAUUUCUUCACUGAACAUCCCAAAGAAUCUUCACUCACAUUUCAGGAAGAGCUAAUCAACAGACAUGCACAGGUGUCCACAGAGAUGCGCAAUUCAGAUUACCUGCUCCGAAUGCCUCCGCUUCCGGUGGAGUGUCUGGACAUUGAUGGAGACUGGAGUAGCCUGCCAAUCAUCUUUGAGGACAGAUAUGUGGACACACCCUGUUUAGACUACAAUGUUGUCCAUGAGCAAAAUCAGGCUGUCAUGAACUCUCAGCCUUGUUCUGAGCCAACUAGGGUAAAAGACCAAACAGUCAGUCCAGCUGAGAAAACACAGGACACCAGUUUACCAGCAACAAGCCCUGAGGAACCUCCAUGCGAAGACUGCACAGAAAUGCACACAUACAUGACCCUGACUGACCAGCAGGACGAUACUGUCACUGAACAUAACAAAACCAGACCUCAAGCAGAGACACUGACUGACCAUGUGGAGGAGGCAGAUAUUGAUGGAUGCGAAUGUAUUACGACAAGCUCCAAUUCAAGAAUCCAGUCUGUUGAUGAGGUCACGUGCCAAUUUGAAAAUGAUGACAACACUAGGUCGGUAGACAUCGAUGAUGUAAUAGAUAACCAAGAGAAAACCAGCUGCCAAAAAGAAGCUGCUGAUGAAUCUGAUCAUACAAGUUUACAACAAACUAAUGAUUUUAAUAGUGGGCAGCCUUUGCUGCUUGUUCCCACUGAUCCCGGAGAACUUCCCAACCUUACCAGCCUUGGCAGCUUCGAGUUUUUACCCACAUCUAAUCAUGAUAACAAUCUCGACACAUCAGUUGAUAAUGGGAGUCCUGACAACAAGGAGCCACAAGCGGUUUUCGAUAACCGAUACAUCCAAGCACCUGCAAAGGAUUACAGAGGCAAGGAUACAUCACCAGGUAAUCUAUUGAACGCUAGCCUACCUGGAACAGACACUUUAAUCACAUCCCCUUCUCGCAAUGUUAUACAUCAGAUCCGUCGUUUAUCUGAGACUCCACCCAGAGGUGUGUUUUUGGGCGGGGCUAAGCUAAUGAACCGUUCCUCCUCUGUGAUCUCAGACUCUGGUAUUGAGAGCGAGCCAAGCUCUGUGGCCUGGACCCUGGAGGGUCGGGGAGUUGUAGCAGGGGGUCGUGACGUCUUGCAGAACUUGGCGCGGCAUCAGACGGCACAUCAGAGCUCUUUGGAGGGCCUACAAACCGAAAGUCAUGGCAGCCUGCCCAGUGCCACACAAGCCUCUUUGACCUCCAUAAGCUCCCUGCCGUAUGAAGAGGAGGAGGAGAGACAGCUCAACACAUUAACCAAAUCUGCCUCAGCUCCGCAGAUCAGCAGCCCUGACGACACAGAGGAAGAUCGUGAAACACCCAAUCAGGAGACGAAGACUGUGUGUGAGGCUAAUCAGGUGAGGCAGAAUAAAGAAUCUCCCAAUGAGGUGAAGAAGAAUCUUCAAGUGGAAGAAACUACCCAAGAGGAUACUACAAAUGUCUCCAUGGCCAAUCAGAUAAGGGAGGAAGCAAUCAAUGAGGUGAAGCAGACACUUCAAGAGUUUACUAGGGAGGAUGGAAACAAAACAACCAAUCAGGAGAAAAGGAAUGUUUGUGUGGCCAAUCAGUUGAGAGAGAGUGAGGUUGCUGCCAAUGAGGUGAAGCAGAAUCUUCAAGAGGUUACAAGGGAGGACGGAAUUGAAACAACCAAUCAGGAGAUCGGUGCAGAGGAGUUGGCCAAUCAGGAGAUUACAGAUUUUGUGUUUGCGAAUCCUGAAAUGUUACUAUACCAGCAAUUUUUGAUGGAAAAUAGUGUUAAAGAUGCCACAUUGGAGGAACUAACUGAAAAAUCCAAGGACUUUCAAGGAAACAUUUUGCUUAAGGAGUAUCUGAUGGAUGAAAGCGCAGGGAUUUGUCGAUGUGAAGAUGAAUAUUGUGAACACAAAAGAAAGCUGGAGUCAAACCAGUAUCACAAGGAUACUGACGACAUCAGUGUUUGUCAUAUUCAUUUGAACGAACUGGAAUUAGAGAGUAUGGAGAACCUCCCAGAUCCACCAACCAAUGGCAAGAGGACUCGUAGAAAUUCAACCAAUGAGAAAGAAAGGCCUACUGAUCCCAUUGAGCCUCCAGCCAAUGAGAGAGAUCAGCAGACGCUAGAGGGACAAAGCAGAGUCAAUAAAGUGCCAAGUACAGGUCUGGCAUUUGUAAAUAAAAAGGUGGUGGAGGUUGUUAACCUGUCAGUGUCAUGUGCUCCCACGUGCCUGCCCUUUUCAUCUGUACUUCGCGAUUCGCCUUCGGUCAGUGGAAUCUCCACACGACAGGCCACCUCACCCAUUACCCAUCAACCUGUGGGCUCCUUCGGGAUCAUCUCAUCCAACUCCUUCUUUGGUGCUGACCAGGAAAUUAAUGAGAGAAUGAUAAACUUCUUUAAGGCAAAAGAAGCCCUGCUGAGGGAGCUGGUUUUCAGGGGCACUCUCUACAGUGAUCUGCCUAACCUUGCCUCUGAACAUCCCUAUUUUCCACCUGAAGAAGACGACACAGAGUUUGAGGAUGGGAUACACCUGGUGGUGUGUGUCCAUGGACUUGAUGGUAACAGCGCAGAUCUGCGGUUGGUCAAGACAUUUGUAGAGCUCGGGUUGCCAGGAUCUAGGCUGGACUUCCUCAUGUCAGAACGCAACCAGACAGACACGUUUGCAGAUUUUGACACCAUGACUGACAGACUUCUGGAUGAAAUCAUUCAGCACAUCCAGCUGUAUAACCUCACUAUCCACCGCAUCAGUUUUAUCGGACACUCUUUGGGGAAUGUCAUCAUUCGUUCUGUCCUGACCCGACCCAGAUUCCGCUGUUACCUCUGUAAACUCCACACCUUCCUAUCUCUGUCUGGUCCCCACCUGGGAACACUGUAUAAUAACAGCACACUGGUCAGCACAGGUCUGUGGCUAAUGCAGAAACUGAAGAAGUCUGGCUCUCUGCUGCAGCUCACGUUCAGAGAUCACACCGACCCACGACAGACCUUCCUCUACACGCUCAGCAAAAAACCAGGCCUGCAGUUCUUCAAGAAUGUGGUCUUGGUGGCCUCACCACAGGACAGAUAUGUGCCCUUUCACUCGGCCCGAAUUGAAAUGUGCCGGACAGCCCUUAAAGACAGAACCACAGGUCCAGUAUACACAGAGAUGAUCAAUAACUUACUCCAGCCACUUCUAAGUGCUCCAAACUGUCGUCUGAUCCGACAGAACGUGUUUCACGCGUUGCCAAACACCGCAAACACACUGAUCGGCCGCGCAGCUCACAUCGCUGUGCUCGACUCCGAACUCUUCCUGGAGAAGUUCCUUUUGGUGGCCGGACUCAAUUACUUCAAGUAGAUGACAUCAGGCUUCGAGUUCUGCAGGAGAGCCAAUCAGAGAACACGGUACAUCAGCGUUUCAUUUCAGAGUUAUAUAUUUUUUUUUGACAAAAAAUUUGGACGCAAAGAAAAAAAAAAAGAAAAGCAAUUUGAAGAUUCAUACUGUGAAUCGGAAUACAUGUAAUGUAAAAUCUGUACAGGAAGAACAUUGUAUAUUAUCAAAAAAAAAUAGAGGAAACUGACCUGCUGGAGCUCGCCUUAACGAAGCUUUACGACGUAGUAUCUUUAACGUUGAAUAAUUGUAACUGGAGCGUUAAUCAUUUGUAUGUAAAUUCGGUGUGUAUAUGAUGUCGUUACGACGGAAUUUUGGUUCUUCAUUCCCUCCAGUCACCGAGCUUUAUAUCUACUGCGCCGUUCGUAACUUGAAGAGGUCAAUAUCACUGGAGAUCAAUACUUGAAAUUAUACUUGGUGUUUGAGUUUUCGCUUAAUCAGUGUUUUCAUGUUUCUUUUUACCGACUCAUUCUAACUUAUCGUUUGUGUUAGGGCUGCACUGUUGAAUAUUGCGAUAAAGAUUUUUCGAUAUCACAUUUCCCUAGA